CGGUUACCUGUUAGAUCUACCUUGACAACACCAAACAAAACGUUUUUGGCACGCAAGUUUCUUUUAAAUAUAUAAACUAAAUAUAUAAACUAAUAUAAGACAAAAACUCAAGCAAUAAUGGCAGAUAAGAAUAAGGGUAAUGAUGGCAAAGAGAAACGCCGCAAAGAAUCAAUUUUAGAUUUGUCCAAAUAUUUGGAAAAACAAAUACGAGUCAAAUUUGCCGGUGGACGCGAAGCAUCUGGCAUUUUAAAAGGUUAUGAUGCUUUACUUAAUCUUGUGCUGGACAACACAAUCGAAUACCUGCGAGAUCCCGAUGAACCGUUCAAGCCUUCGGAAGAAACAAGAAAUCUGGGACUUGUUGUUUGUCGUGGCACAGCCUUGGUGUUGAUAUGUCCGCAGGAUGGUGUUGAGGCUAUACCAAAUCCAUUUAUAACACAAUAAUUGUGUUUUACUAUUAAUUCAGGCAAAUAAUGUAUUUUGGAUUUUAAAUAAGUUUUUUUUAUUUAACAAAAAGAUAUGGAAUAAGAUGUUAAUAAAUAAUUAUUUUUAACGAUA